CCAAUCCAAGUAUUCACAUCACAGUUAUUUUAUUCCCUUGGGUUGGUUAUACGAUGAAAUGAUACCAUUAGAUGAAAGGCAUGUCCCUUUGCUCUUACUCUUUCUUCUUCUACCUUCAACUUUGAACUGAUGCUCAUCCCAGACACAGACCCAGAUUCCUUCAAACUUUUCUCUUCGUAGUAUAAUAAUGGGUAUGUCAGAAACCGUUGAUUUUGCUCGGAAUUUCGCAGUUAUGGUCAGAGUUCGUGGUCCUGACCCGAAAGGGAUGAAGAUGAGAAGACACGCUUUUCAUCAAUACCGUUCUGGAGAAACAACUCUUUCAGCUUCAGGGUUGCUUGUGCCUGAUACCCUUUAUGACACUCAAGUAGCUAGGCAUCACUUUGGUGAUAACCGUGAAGGUAGGGUAUUGGUUGUGACGGUUGCAUCAAUUGUUGAGCCUUUUCUAUCCCCUCAACAUAGAGAGAAUAUUCCUCAGGGUAGGCCUGACUUGAUUUCUGGUGUUCGGAUUGAUGUUAUGACAGAGAAAACCAAUGAAAAACCUAAUCAAGGAACUCCUUGUUGGCUUGUGGCACAGCUUUUGUCAUUUGUUGAUAUUCCUCCUUCAGCCCUUUGUCUCCAGUCGCUUAUCGAAGCAUCUUUGGGCUUGCCAGAGCAUGAAUGGGAGGUUGGUUGGUCUUUGGCAUCUUACAAUAAUGAUUCUCAACCUUCUAAGGAUUCAUUUCAAACUCAGGAAAAAUUGGCUGUGGGAGGAUUUGGCAGUGCAAGUCUUAUGUGCAGAUCACUGACUAGAAUGGCCAUUCUUAGUGUUCCUUUAUCUUUCAAGGACACCCCAGAUAGUAAAGUAUCUUCCAUGAAUAAAAGGGGUGAUUUUCUUCUGGCAGUAGGGUCUCCUUUUGGAGUCCUGUCACCUACGCACUUCUUUAACAGUAUAGCAGAAGGAUGCAUAGCAAACUGCUAUCCCCCUCAUUCAUCUGAUGGAUCACUGCUGAUGGCUGACAUACGCAGUCUUCCUGGAAUGGAAGGCAGUCCAGUUUUCAGUAAGCAUGCAUGUCUUAUUGGUGUCCUUAUCAGACCAUUGAGGCAGAAGACAAGUGGGGCAGAAAUCCAGCUGGUGAUCCCAUGGGAAGCCAUUGCGACUGCUUCUAGUGGCUUGCUGCAGAAGUGGCCUCAGAACACAGUGAAAGGGUUAUAUAAUCAGGAGAGCAACCAUUAUACUGCGGGAAGGGGAUCUUCUAUUGAGACUGACAAAUUAGAUAUACCCUCUAGGAAUAAACAUGAGAAUUUAAAUUUUGGUAGCUCCUCACCAUUACCAAUUGAGAAGGCAAUGGCUUCUGUCUGUCUUGUUACUAUUGGUGAUGGAGUAUGGGCUUCUGGUAUUUUGCUAAACAGUCAAGGUCUCAUACUUACAAAUGCCCAUCUCUUGGAACCGUGGAGAUUUGGGAAAACACAUGUAAGUGGUGGAGGAUAUGGAACCAACUCAGAAAAACUUACUUCGGUGUUGGAGGGAACCAUGUCUCUUGGGAAUAGAGUUGAGAGCUAUCAAAUUAGUCAAACUUUUCCGUCCAAGAUGCCUAUUCUUUAUCCUUUCGCCGCUGAUGAGCAGGGGCAAUAUAAGUUUAAUACAACUUAUGACAACCAUAGAAACAUACGAGUACGUCUUGAUCAUGUCAAACCUUGGGUUUGGUGUGAUGCUAAAGUAGUUUAUGUCUGUAAAGGACCAUGGGAUGUUGCCUUACUGCAACUUGAAUCUGUUCCAGAUAAGCUUUCGCCAAUUGUAAUGAAUUUUUCCAGGCCAUCGGCAGGAUCAAAGGCAUACGUCAUUGGCCAUGGAUUAUUUGGCCCCAAGUGUGGAUUCUUUCCAUCUGUUUGCUCUGGUGUGGUAGCCAAAGUGGUUGAAGCAAAGACUCCUCAAUCCUAUCAGUCCAUUGAACCUGAGCACAUGCACACCCAUGGGCUCUUCCCAGCAAUGCUUGAAACAACAGCUUCUGUUCAUCCUGGUGCUAGCGGUGGUGCUGUUAUGGAUUCUGACGGUUACAUGAUUGGCCUGGUUACAAGCAAUGCAAGGCAUGGUGGAGGAGCGGUAAUACCUCAUCUUAAUUUUAGCAUUCCAUCUGCAGCUUUGGCACCCAUCUUCAUGUUCUCAAAAGAUAUGCAGAAUUUAUCACUUUUAGGAAUUCUAGACGAACCGAACGAAUACCUUUCAUCUGUAUGGGCAUUGAUGCGACCAUCAUCUCCGAAGCUCCAUCCUAUGCCUGAUCCAUCUCAGUCUCUCGUAGACAAUAAUAGCAAAGAAGAGAAGGGUUCUCGGUUUGCUAAGUUUAUUGCUGAAAGAAGUGGAGUGCUUUCUAAGGAAGUUAUUCCUAGCAAGCUAUGAUCUCUGAUAAAGUCACCAAGUUUACUUGAAUGAGACUAUGCGAAAGCAUUUCCAGAAUAUAAUGACUUCUUGUUGACGGGUGCAUUUCCUUGUCAUGUAUGAUUUUCUGACUGGCACCUUCUGUUCUGGAUUCUUAGUUAAAAGAAAAUCAAGGAAAUAAAUAUUUAUAAGUUUUGUAAAUGAUUAUUCUUGUACUUUGUAGUAACCGGUGUAAAAUUUUCAAACCAUGCAUGUCAUUUUCACUUUUUCAUUAUAA